UGGAAAGGAUUAAGAAGUUUCUUCAAGAUUGAUGACUUAAAGUUUCUAUGGGGUCUUUAUUUCUUUUAUCUUUUUCAGGAUAAAUGUGGGUAUGUGCUAGAUGCUUUACCAAGCAAUUUAAAUCUUGUUUCCUGCCAUUAGGUAUUAAUAUCAACCGAGGCCUCCUGUGCUUGGGAAAUGUAAUCAGUGCUCUUGGAGAUGACAAAAAGGGCGGUUUUGUGCCCUACAGAGAUUCCAAGUUAACUCGAUUACUUCAAGAUUCUCUAGGAGGUAAUAGCCAUACUCUUAUGAUAGCCUGUGUGAGUCCUGCUGACUCCAAUCUAGAGGAAACAUUAAAUACCCUUCGCUAUGCUGACAGAGCAAGAAAAAUCAAGAACAAACCUGUUGUUAAUAUUGAUCCCCAGACAGCUGAACUUAAUCAUCUGAAGCAACAGGUACAACAACUGCAGGUCUUGUUGCUGCAAGCCCACGGAGGUACCCUGCCUGGAUCUAUCAAUGUGGAACCAUCAGAGAAUCUACAGUCUUUGAUGGAGAAGAAUCAGACCCUGGUAGAGGAGAAUGAAAAAUUAAGUCGUGGUCUCAGCGAGGCAGCUGGUCAGACAGCCCAAAUGUUGGAGAGGAUCAUCCUGACAGAGCAAGCAAAUGAAAAAAUGAACGCCAAACUAGAAGAGCUCAGGCAGCAUGCAGCCUGCAAAUUGGAUCUUCAAAAGAUAGUGGAGACUUUGGAAGACCAGGAAUUAAAGGAAAAUGUCGAAAUAAUUCGUAAUUUGCAGCAAGUGAUUACUCAGCUAUCGGAUGAAACUGUUGUUUGCAUGGCUGCAGCCAUUGAUACUGCAGUGGAACCAGAAGCUCAAGUGGAAACAAGUCCAGAGACCAGCAGGUCUUCUGACAUUUUCACCACCCAGCAUGCUCUACGUCAAGCUCAGAUGUCUAAGGAGCUAGUUGAGUUGAAUAAAGCCCUUGCACUGAAAGAAGCCCUAGCUAGGAAAAUGACUCAGAAUGACAGCCAACUACAGCCCAUUCAGUUCCAGUACCAGGAUAACAUAAAAAGUCUAGAAUUGGAAGUCAUCAAUCUUCAAAAGGAAAAGGAAGAAUUGGUACUUGAACUUCAGACAGCAAAGAAGGAUGUCAAUCAAGCCAAGUUGAGUGAGCGUCGCCGCAAACGUCUCCAGGAGCUGGAGGGUCAAAUAGCUGAUCUGAAGAAGAAACUGAGUGAACAGUCCAAACUUCUGAAGCUGAAGGAAUCCACAGAGCAUACUGUCUCUAAACUGAACCAGGAGAUACGGGUGAUGAAAAACCAGCGAGUGCAGUUAAUGCGUCAGAUGAAAGAGGAUGCUGAGAAGUUUAGACAGUGGAAGCAACAAAAAGACAAAGAAGUAAUCCAGUUAAAAGAACGUGACCGUAAGAGGCAAUAUGAACUGCUCAAGCUUGAAAGAAACUUCCAGAAACAGUCCAAUGUGCUCAGACGUAAAACUGAGGAGGCAGCAGCUGCCAACAAGCGUCUCAAGGAUGCUCUGCAAAAACAACGGGAGGUUGCAGAUAAGCGGAAAGAGAAUCAGAGCCGUGGAAUGGAAAGCACUGCAACUCGGGUGAAGAAUUGGCUUGGAAAUGAAAUUGAGGUUAUGGUCAGUACUGAGGAAGCCAAACGCCAUCUGAAUGACCUUCUUGAAGAUAGAAAGAUCCUGGCUCAGGAUGUGGCUCAACUCAAAGAGAAAAGGGAAACUGGGGAGAAUCCACCUCCUAAACUCCGGAGGCGCACAUUCUCACUUGCUGAACUGCGUGGUCAAGUUUCUGAGUCAGAUGAUUCCAUUACAAAGCAGAUUGAAAGCCUAGAGACUGAAAUGGAACUCAGGAGUGCGCAAAUUGCUGACCUGCAGCAGAAGCUGCUGGAUGCAGAAAGUGAAGACAGGCCAAAACACCGCUGGGAGAAUAUUACGACUAUUAUGGAAGCCAAGUGUGCCCUGAAAUAUUUAACUGGAGAGCUGGUCUCCUCCAAAAUACAGGUCAGCAAGCUUGAAAGCAGCCUGAAACAGAGCAAGGCCAGCUGUGCUGACAUGCAGAAGAUGCUGUUUGAGGAACGAAAUCACUUUGCUGAGAUGGAGACAGAGUUACAGUCUGAGCUGGUCAGGGUGGAACAACGGCACCAAGAGAAGGUGCUAUACCUUCUCAGCCAGUUGCAGCAAAGCCAAAUGUCAGAGAAGCAGCUAGAGGAGUCGGUCAGUGAAAAGGAACAACAACUGCUGAACACACUGAAGUGUCAGGAUGAAGAACUUGAAAAGAUGCGAGAAGUGUGUGAACAAAACCAGCAGCUUCUUCGAGAGAAUGAAAUCAUCAAACAGAAACUGACUCUUCUCAAAGUAGCCAGCAGACAGAAACCUCAUCUUCCUAAGGAUACCCUUCUAUCUCCAGACUCUUCUUUCGAAUAUAUCCCACCUAAGCCAAAACCUUCCCGUGUUAAAGAAAAGUUCUUGGAGCAAACUAUGGACAUCGAGGAUCUAAAAUAUUGUUCAGAGCAUUCUGUCAAUGAGCAUGAGGAUGAUGAUGGUGAUGAUGACGAUGAGGAUGAUGAGGAAUGGAAGCCGGAAAAAUUAGUUAAGGUGUCCAGGAAGAACAUCCAAGGGUGUUCCUGCAAGGGCUGGUGUGGGAACAAGCAGUGUGGGUGCAGGAAACAAAAGUCAGACUGUGGUGUGGACUGCAGCUGUGACCCCACAAAGUGCAGGAACCGAAAGCAAGGCAAGGAUAGCUUGGGCACUGUUGAGCGGACCCAGGACUCUGAAGGCUCCUUCAAACUGGAGGAUCCCACAGAGGUGACCCCAGGAUUGAGCUUCUUCAACCCUGUUUGUGCCACUCCCAACAGCAAGAUCCUGAAAGAGAUGUGCGAUGUGGAGCAAGUGCCAUUAAAGAAGACGACUCUGGCUCCCUCCUCUCUUGACCUCCUAGAGUCAAAACAUAUAGCUACAGAAUCCCAAGAAAAUAAGGCCCCAGGAAAGAAAAAGAAACGAGCUCUGGCCAGCAAUACCAGCUUCUUCUCUGGCUGCUCCCCUAUCGAAGAAGAGACCCACUGAAGUUUGAGUCAUCAUCUCUACCCCCAGUCUGACUUGGGAGAUGCUUUCAGGUUAUAUCCAGAAGGGGUUUUAUAAAGACUCCUCUGGAUUUCCAGUUUCUUGCUGUUGAAAAAAGGGACAGCGUGCUAUUCAAAGGGAAGGGAAACUUUGUUGGAUGUUGGCCCUCAAGUCUCCAUCUUCCCAACACCAGACUACUACUCUGUCUUCUCCAGAACAGUGCUAAGCCACCUAUUGAAGAGAGAACCAACUGACCUUCCCAAGGACUUAUUGGGAAUCAGUUCCCAGUACAAUCUAGCUCUUUCUUCUGUGAGCAGUUAAGGCUGUCCCGUGAGGGGGAUGAGGCUGAGGCUUUCUUAUCUCUAGGCUGUCUCAGUUUAAUGGAGGAGCCUGGCCUAGGAUCCUGGCUCGGGUCCUCCACCCCACCUUAGGAAUGGGAUUGGGAUCUUUCCUGCCCUGACCUGCUCUGGAUUUUAUGUGUUUUAACAGUACCUUCAAUUGUCUUCCAUGUUACUGAGGUAAAUGAAAUAUUUUUAAAUGUUAAUAUUAAGUAAAUAAAUAAAUUUUAGUCUGU